AUGUCGUUCGCCACCGAUACCGACCCAUACGGGUUUUGGGAGUCGUUCGUCGAACCUACACCUGUAAAAGCCACCACUUCUGCACCAGCACCAGCAGAUUUUGACAGCUCUGAUACUGUUGAAAUCUGCUCCGUAGAAGAACCAGUCGCCUAUUCAUAUCAAACCGCAACCCACAUCGCAGAAUCAGCCCCAAUCAAAAUCCUGCCUAAUGUUGCUCCUAAGCGGAUUGUCAUCUGCUGCGAUGGAACUUGGCAAUCAUCUACGACUGGAGAGAAGAACAUUCCUUCCAACGUGACCCGACUGGCCCGUUCCAUAUCCAGAGCUGGCGAAGGCCCAGAUGGUAGAAUCUUCCAACAGCUCGUAUAUUACAGCUCUGGAAUUGGCACUGGAGACCUGAGCUUCUUGGAAAAGGAACGGCAAGGAGGCUUCGGCGUUGGUCUCUCUGGUGACGUUGUUGAAGCGUACAACUUCAUUGUCAACAAUUAUGCCCCUGAAGACGAGAUAUUCUGCUUUGGAUUCUCUCGGGGGGCAUACACGGCUCGUUCUGUGGCUGGCCUCAUCACCGACAUUGGCAUCAUUCAGCCUCAGGAGAUGCAAGACUUUCCAGAGCUCUACGCCCUAUACCGAAAACACCAUGACAGCUAUAACUUCCGCCAGUCUCGAGAGUAUCGCCAGUGGAUAACCGGAGUUCCAGCAAAGGAUGGUGAUUCUUGGAAAUACGAAUACAACAAUGCCUACUGGGAUGUACUUCCGCACAGGAUUCCUGCCGAGAGGACCAGGGUCGUUCAGGUUGUCGGGGUUUUCGACACUGUGGGGAGCUUGGGAAUACCCGACAUCACUUACACGCAGUGGGGGAAGCAGCUACUUCGACAACUUGCGCCUUUCUUGGGCGUUGACGACGGAGGAUUUCACAAUCCAUGUUUGAGCCCAUUCAUCAAACAUGCGUUCCAUGCGAUGGCUAUCGAUGAGCACCGCAAACCGUUCUCCCCAACCCUUUGGCACCGCUCUCCACAGAACCAGAGUGAUCUCCAGGAACCCGACCAAGAUAUAAUGGAGCUAAAGGAAGGAUUCGUCAGGGUUCUGAAAAAGGGGGCUGAUGAGGCUGAGAAGUCGAAGGCAUGGAAAGAUUUCAUAGCUCGCGCGGUUUACGACGAGUUGAAGGGAAGCAACUCAGAGCUCGUCCAAGUUUGGUUCCCCGGGGUCCACAUCAACGUUGGGGGUGGUAAUCCGAACAUCCUCACUGGUGAUGAGUCCGACUUCGAACAACUUGCUCUCAUAUCCUUCGCUUGGAUGUGUGACCAAAUCAAGCUUUAUCUUCAACUCGACGAUGACGAAGUGUACAAUACACUCUCUACCCUGGCCGAUCGUGAAGUUGAGCAGCGAAAGAGAAUGAUCCAAGACCUCAGAAGUGGCAAAGAUUACGGAUCCAAUUGGAUUACCCAGCCUUUUUGGAAGGUUCUGGACUUCACUGGGGUUUAUAAGGCUUCCAAGAAAGGAGUUACCGAGGAUGGAUGGGCUUUGGGCACAAUUGUUGACAGCUUCACUGGUAUGAUGAAGAUGUCAGGGUCGAAGCAUCGUACUCCUGGACGAUACAAGGAAGACAACGCCGACAAGGACAUGAGUGAGACGAAAGAGGAGAUCCAUCCCUCAGUCUUCUUGCGCUAUGAAAGCCUCUCCGGGUAUCGGCCCAUUGCCCUUACCGGCUUCAAGAGAUUUGAGGAACGAUCAAAGAAAGGUAGCCUCACUAAGGUCACGCGAGGGUGGCGGAACGGCAACCUCGUGAUACCAGAAUAUGUGAUCAAGCCCGAUGAUAAGAUCUCGCGACGAUUGGCCGAGUGGUUCGCCGGCGGAAGGGAGUUUGUUGCCAGGCUUGAUGAUGCAGGAAAUAGGGUUUAUCGCUAUAACUGA